CCCAGGAAUUUGGGAAUUAUGGGAAUGUUUAUUGGGAAAUUUGUUGGGAAUUCCAGGGUUGUUUGGUGGGAAUGUUGGGAAUGUCUGGUGGGAAUGUUUGGUGGGAAUUCCAGGAAUGUUUGCUGGGAAUGUUGGGUGGUGAUGCUGGAUGGAGCUGCAGGAGCAGCACCGGGAACAGAGAGCGGAGCUCCGCAGGAAAAAGGAGAUGGAGGAGCUCCGGAGCUACUCGUCCCUGAUGAAGGCAGAGAACAUGUGCUCCAACCAGGACGGGAACGACUCCGAUGAUUUCAUGUGAGGAUCCUUCGGGAAUUCCCGGGAACAGGAGCUGGGGCAGCUCCCGGACUUUGGGGGGAAUUCCCGGGAAUGUCGGAGCCAACAAAGCCGGGAUCGGCUGGAGCCGCCUCUGGAAUUCUUGUCGGGAAUUCGGGAAUUGCUCUGGACGUGGGGGUUGGGAUUUUGGGGUUUCGGGAUUCCCGAUUUGUCCCCACCCCCAUCCCUUUAGGGCAUCACCCCAAAUCCCAUCGGGAUCAUCCCGACCCUUCCCGGGGCUCAGCUCCCCCCAAAAUCCCCAGAAUUCCCCCCAAAUCUUUCCCAAAUCCCAUCGGGAUCAUCCCGGCACUUCCCGGGGCUCAGCCCCCCCAAAUUCCACAGAAUUCCCCCCAAAUCUUUCCCAAAUCCCAUCGGGAUCAUCCCGACCCUUCCCGGGGGUUCAGCUCCCCCAGAAUCCCCCCCAGAUUCCCCCAAAUCCUCCCCGAUUUCCCGAAAAUUCCAUCGGGAUGUUCCCGGCACCUCCUGGGGACCCCGCGGGGCCGGGGGUGGCACGGGGCUCCCCGUCCCCGCUCCUGUCCGUGUCCCCCUCUCCCUGUCCCCAUCCCGGGGCUGGCGCUGCUGUCCCCCUGUCCGUGUCCCUGUGUCCCUCUGUCCCCCUGUCUCCGUGUCCCUGUGUCCCCCUGUCCCCGUGUCCCCGUGUCCCCGUGUCCGUGUGUCCCUGUCCCCCUGUCCGUGUCCCUGUGUCGCUGUCCCCGUCACGGUCCUGGAGGUGGCGCUGCUGUCCCCCUGUCCCUGUCCGUGUCCCCAUCCCCAUGUCCCUCUGUCCCCUGUCCCGGGGGUGGCGCUGCUGUCCUCCUGUCGCUGUCCCUGUCCGUGUGUCCUUGUCCCUGUGUCGCUGUCCCCCUGUCCCUGUCCGUGUCCCUGUCCCCAGUCCCUGUCCGUGUCCCUGUCCCGGGGGUGGCACUGCUGUCCCUGUCCCCUGUCCCGGUCAGGGUCCCCGUGUCCCCGGGCUCUCCCGCUGUCCCCUGGCGCUGUCCGUGUCCCCGCUGUCCCCUGUCCCGCUCAAGGUCCCGGUAGUCCCGGCGGUCCCGGUGUCCCCCGGUGUCCCCCUGUCCCUGGACUCUCCCCAUGUCCCCGCUGUCCCGGUCAAGGUUCCAGUAGUCCCGGUGUCCCCGGUGUCCCCCUGUCCCCGGUGUCCCCCUGUCCCCGGUGUCCCCCUGUCCCCGGUUCUCCGCCGCCGCCGCCGCGCCCCGGGGCCCCGCGGGCUCCCGGGAUUCCCUUGUCGCCCUUGGAGCCGGGAAUGCCGCGGGAGCCGGGCGGGCCCCGCUGCCCCCGCGGCCCGGCCGCUCCCGGAGAUCCCGGAGAUCCCGGUGAUCCCGGAGAUCCCAGAGAUCCUGGUGAUCCCAAAUCCCCGAGGUCGCCCUGGGGGCCCGGAGUUCCCGGCGCUCUCCCGGAUCCGGGGUCGCCCCUGGGGCCGCGCAGCCCCGGGAGCCCCGGAAUGACAGCGGGGAUCCGGGAAUGGAACGGGAAAACAGGAAUUCCAACCGGGAAUGAAACAGGAAAACAGGAAUUCCACAUGGGAAUGCUCUGGGAAAAACGGGAAUUCCACAUGGGAAUGAUCCGGGGAAAAUGGGAAUUCCAACCGGGGAAUGAUCCCAGAAAACGGGAAUUCCAACCGGGGAAUGAAACGGGAAAAUGGGAAUUCCAGCUGGGGAAUGAUCCAGGAAUUCCACACGGGAAUGAUCCAGGAAAAUGGGAAUUCCACAUGGGGAAUGAAACGGGAAAAGCAGGAAUUCCUCCUGGGAAUGCUCCGGGAAAACGGGAAUUCCACACGGGAAUGCUCCAGUGCGGGAAAAUGGAAAUUCCACAUGGCAAUGAUCCGGGGAAAAUGGGAAUGCCACACGAGGAAUGCUGCGGUCCUGGAAAACCAGGAAUUCCACCCAGGGAACCGAACGGGAAAACGGGAAUUCCACAUGGGGAAUGCUCUGGGAAAAAUGGGAAUUCCACAGGGGGAAUGAUCCGGGAAAAAUGGGAAUAAUUCCACACGGGAAUGAUCCGGGGAAAAUGGGAAUUCCAACUGGGGAAUGCCCAGGAAAAAUGGGAAUUCCAACUGGGGAAUGAAAUGGGAAUUCCACACGGGAAUGAUCCAGGAAAAUGGGAAUUCACACAGGGAAUGCUCUGGGAAAACAGGAAUUCCACACGGGAAUGAAACAGGAAAACGGGAAUUCCACCCAGGGAAUGCUCCGGGAAAAAUGGGAAUUCCACACGGGAAUGCUCCGGUGCUGAGGGAAAUGGGAAUUCCAACCAGGGAAUGAUCCAGGGAAAAUGGGAAUUCCGCACGAGGAAUGCUGCGGGAAAAACAGGAAUUCCACAUGGGGAAUGAAACGGGAAUUCACACAGGGAAUGCUCUGGGAAAACGGGAAUUCCAUCCGGAGAAUGAUCCGGAAAAAUGGGAAUUCCACACAGGGAAUGCUCUGGGAAAACAGGAAUUCCACAUGGGGAAUGAAAUGGGGAACACAGGACUUGCACCCAGGGAAUGCUCUGGUGCCAGGAAACCGGGAAUUCACACGCGGAAUGCUCCGGGAAAAAUGGGAAUUCCACACGGGGAGUGCUCUGGGAAAACCGCGAAUUCUAUCCAGGGAAUGCUCCACUCUCGGGAAAACCAGGAAUUCCACACAGGGAAUGCUCCGGUCCUGGCAAAGCCCGGAAAACCCGGAAUUCCAUCCCGGGAAUGGGGAUGGGCGGGAAUUCCCCCCAGGGGUUCGGGAAGAGCCGCUGGCUCCGUGCUGGGGGCACAGGGAGCGACACCGGGGGGAGUCGGGACAUUCCCAAAUCCCAAAAUCCCACCCUGACCCAGGGAAGGGUCACCUGGCCCGGGACAGCCCCAGACCCACGGGAUGAUCCCGGCGCCAUCCCAAACCGCGGGGUUUGGAUCCUCCUCCACGUUCCUUGGGAUCAGAAUUCCCAAAAUCUGACCUCAUCCCAAGAAGAGUCCCCUCCCUGCUGUCCCUGGGAUCAGCACAUCCAAAGGAAGAUCCCGGUGCCAUCCCUGACCUCAGGGUUUGGAUCCUCCUCCAUGUUCCUUGGGAUCGGGAUUCCCAAAAUCCCACCCCAUCCCAAGAAGGGUCCCUUCCCUGCUGUCCCUGGAACAGCCCCACAUCCACGGGAUGAUCCCGGUGCCAUCCCAGACCUUGUCCAGGAUCAUUCCUGGCGAUCAGGACCCCCCGAUCCCGCCCCAUCCCGGGAAAAGCCGCCUUCCCUCCCUCCCUCCCUCCCUC